AUGGUUAAACCCAACAUCAUCAGAACGAUCGUUCUGGGCAUGGCCUCGGCUGUCUCUGCGACUUGCACCGACCCGGCUCAGCGGAAGUCAUGGUCGGCUUUGACUUCUGCGCAGAAGGCCGAGUACAUCGAUUCAACUUUAUGUCUCAUGGACCCGGAGAGGUCGCCUUCAAUCUCUCAGUACGCAGGAUCCAAGACUAUAUGGGAAGACCUCCAGGUCGCUCAUGUAGCUCAAGUUCAAUUCAUCCAUCGCGUUGGUGCAUUCCUUCCCUGGCACCGUUGGUAUAUGACGGUCCACGAGAACCUUCUCCGUGAACACUGCAGUUACACCGGACCCCUUCCGUACUGGGAUGAACAGACGGAUGAGGCCGCAGGCCCCCUGACAUCAGCCAGUAUUUGGGGCAACGACCCUGCCACCUCCUUUGGGACUGGUGCCUCCGAUAGCAACGGCUGUCUUGUCGAUGGGCCUUUCACCGGUGUCGCGUACGACCUCACCGCCAAUCUCGAGAGGGGUGCUACCCACUGUCUUUCCUACAAGUUGAACCAGGCACAGUUCGAUCUUGCUGCUCAGGAUAUUGUUGACGCUUGCGACGCACUUGAGACCUACGAUGACUUUAACAACUGUAUUGGAGGCUCGCCUCACACCUCUGGUCACUUUGCCAUUGGAGGCACCAUGGAUGACGUGUCCCUCUCCCCAGCCGAUCCUCUUUUCUUUAUGCACCACACCAACCUGGACCGAAUUUGGUACGAGUGGCAAACACGAAACGAGUCUCGCUUGACGGACAUAGCUGGACAGAACGUAGCUACGAGCACCAUCUUAACUUCGUCUCAGCCGAAGAGCCUUCCCGAGUCGGCAUUCGUCCCUUACUUUGGAGAUAAUGGCGAUGUGACCACCUUAGAUCACGUUAUGUGGAUGGCCGGGAUCGUCCCGAAUAUCACCAUUCGUGAGGUUAUGGACGUCAAGAGCGAAGCAAUCUGCGCCGAGUAUGUUUAA